AGGUCCCGUACUCUUCACUGCAUAAAUACUUUGUUGCGACGUGUCCCAUUUUGUGUACCUAAAACUUGGAAAGGAUGGGCUCAUCUGAAACAUCAGUUUUCCAUGAUCUUGCCAUUGCUCCACUUGAUGCUAUCUUUGCUCUUCAGCGAAAUUUUCUGGAGGAUUCAAACCCGAAAAAAGCAAAUCUUGGUAUAGGAGUAUACCGUGAUGAAAAUGGAAAGCCGUAUUUGCUACCUGUUGUAACCAGUGUUGAGAAGGCAAUGGCUGAAGACAAAACACUGACUCAUGAUUACCUGCCAAUCACUGGCUUAAAGGAUGCUUGUGAUGCUGCAACAAGAUUGGCAUUAGGGAACGAAAGCACUGCCAUAACACAGAACAGAGUCAGUGCUGUCCAGUCCUUGUCUGGAACUGGUGCAAUUUCUCUUGCAGCCAUGUUCUUGAAGAAAUUUUAUCCAUCAAAGACAGCUUAUGUAUCCAGCCCAACAUGGGGCAACCACAACAAAAUCUUUGCUCAAGUUGGGUAUGAAGACAUAAGAUCCUAUAGGUACUUUAACCCCAAAAAUAAUGGCUUGGAUAUCGAGGGGAUGAUAGAGGACUUGAGGAAUGCCCCCAAUGGCUCUGUUAUUGUGCUGCAUGCUUGUGCACAUAACCCCACCGGAGUUGAUCCCAGUAAAGAUGAGUGGCAACAGAUUGCAAAUGUCAUCCAGGAAAAGAAUCACUUCACAAUUUUUGACAUGGCCUACCAAGGAUUUGCUACUGGAGAUCCUGAUACUGAUGCUAGAGCAGUAAGGUAUUUUGCCGAAAGGGGCUUGGAGUUCCUUUGUGGACAAUCCUUUGCCAAAAUAUUUGGCCUUUACAAUGAGCGAAUUGGAAACCUGUUUCUUGUGUGCAAAGAGAGCAGUGUGGCUGCUGCUUUCCAAUCUCAGAUGGCAGCAAUAAUCAGACCAAUGUACUCCAAUCCACCUAAUCAUGGUGCAAGAAUUGUUGCAACCAUUUUAAAUAAUCCUGCAUUAACUGCUGAGUGGAGGGAUCAACUAAAAGGAAUGUCCGAUCGUAUUCAGAGGAGUCGUAAGCUCUUGUAUGAGAAACUUAAAGCACUUGGUACCCCUGGAGAUUGGCAGCACAUCAUAACACAGAAUGGCAUGUUUACUUUUACUGGCCUCAACCCAAAACAGGUGGACCAUCUUAUUCGCAAGUUCCACAUCUACCUUUUGAAGAACGGGCGGAUCAACAUGUGUGGUAUUAACCCAGCUAAUUGUGACUACAUUGUCGAGGCGAUUCAUGAUGCUGUAACUUGCUGUGAUGCAUCAUUGUGAAAUACAAAGGUUGCCAUGACGGAAUCUUUGAAGACAGUUUUUAACAUUUUUGCUACAUAAACAAGUGAUAUGUGUGAUUUUCUACCUGACAAAGGCGUGGUUUUUACAAAUUAGAAGAUGCGUGGAUAUUUUCAAAAUCAAAAUUGAUUAAGAAUUUACUCUAGAGCAUACAAUAUAUAAAAAAAUAAUGAGGAAUUUUUAUGAGAAUCUAAUAAAAUUGGUUGAAUGUGUUUAAGGUCAAAAUGUGUGCACGAUCAACGAAAUACUACAUUUGAAUUUUGGCUUUGUUGAUUUCUUCACGUUUGAUAAUGGCCAUCUACGUCAAUGCUUUCCUAUGGUGUCUUCUCCUUUUUCUAUGAUAUCAGAAUAUGUGUGAAGUAAAAAUUGCCAAAUAUUCCAUUUCUUUGUUUAGUUAUAGCUCUCAAAAAUUGUUAUUACAUGUAACAAGGAGAACUCCCUCCAGCUGUUCAUGUCUUUGCUCCUUUUUCAAAUACUUUGUUAAGCAGAAUACCUUACAUUACCAAUAUCCCACUGAUGGCAUCUCCAACUACCAACUUAAAAACAAAUUAAGAUUAUUUAUUUUCUUUCUUUUGCUAGCAAAGAAGUAAAGCCAGGGCCUCCUUUUCAUUGCGUAGGCACUUUGACCAUUUACAUGUUUUGUCGGAACCUUGCAAUUAUGAAAAAUUUGCUAGAUUCUGACUUUGGGAAACGCAGCUAUAACACGUACGGCGACAUAACAAAGUCAUCACGAUAAUAGUAUAAUAUUUGACAUGAGAAAGUCGUCAUGAUAGUAGUAUAAUAUUUGACACAAAUACUACCAAUGCAGAGUAGCAAUAUAGUACAAUAUUGAGUAAGCGCUCCAUUUAAAGUCUUGUCGAAAUAAUAUUAGGUCGAAAUGCUUUUAAAAUCAAUUGAUAUUGGUUGUCGCAAUUUACCAAUUGCUACGAAAGAUCGAUUAAUCGAAUAAAAAAUAUUUAUUUUGAACGAACUGGCUUAACUUAACCCGCGGAAAAGUUUGAAAUGAAUUUCAUUGUUUUUGACAUGUUCAAAAUUACACCGAUUCCUAUAUCAUUGAUUUAUUAAUUUGUUAUUUUCCUUUUCAUGGUA